UGCUCCAGCGCAGCCAUGACUUGCUCGGCGUCAGAUAGCGAGAAGAUCGUGAUCAACUGCGGUGGGAUCCGACACGAGACCUACCGGAGCACACUAAAGACGCUGCCGGGGACGCGCUUGUCUUGGCUAACCGAGCCCGACGCUUACAGCAACUUUGACUACGACCCCAAGUCCGACGAGUUCUUUUUCGACCGCCACCCGGCCACCUUCGCCUUCAUCCUUAACUACUACCGCACCGGUAAGCUCCACUGUCCCAAUGAUGUUUGCGGGCCCCUCUUUGAGGAGGAGCUUGCCUUCUGGGGCAUCGAUGAGACGGACGUGGAGGCGUGCUGCUGGAUGAACUACCGGCAGCAUCGCGACGCCGAGGAAGCCCUGGACAGUUUCGAGACCCCCGAGCCGGACGCCCCCGAAGAUGACCCGGCACUCACCGGAGGGGCUGAUGGUGACCUGAAACGGCUGUGCAUGCAAGAGGAUGGCCGCAGGGCGACGUGGUGGUCGGUGUGGCAGCCUAAUAUGUGGGCGCUGUUCGAGGACCCCUACUCCUCCAAAUACGCACGGUAUGUUGCAUUUGGGUCACUCUUCUUCAUUCUCCUGUCUAUCUCCACCUUUUGCUUGGAGACCCAUGAAGCAUUCAACACCAUCUACAACAAAACAGAGACAGUCACCAUCGGAAACACGACACAUGACGAGAUCGUGUAUGAGGUAGUCACUGAUGGCUGGCUGACAUAUGUGGAAGGCGUCUGUGUCAUUUGGUUCACCAUUGAGGUGAUGGCACGUGUUAUCUUCUGCCCCAACAAGGCAGAGUUCUUCGGCAGUGCCCUAAACAUCAUAGACUUUGUGGCCAUUGUGCCCUUUUACCUGGAGGUGGCGCUGAGUGGCCUCUCCUCCAAAACAGCCAAAGACGUGCUGAGUUUCCUGCGCGUGGUGCGCUUUGUUCGUAUCCUGCGUAUUUUCAAGCUGACCCGCCACUUUGUCGGUUUGCGUGUUCUUGGCCACACUCUGCGGGCCAGCACCAAUGAGUUCUUGCUGCUCAUCAUUUUUCUGGCGCUGGGCGUCCUCAUCUUUGCUACCAUGAUCUAUUACGCUGAGCGCAUCGGCGCAGACCCUGAUGAUCCAACGGCGGCAGCCCACACAAACUUCAAGAACAUCCCCAUCGGCUUCUGGUGGGCUGUGGUGACCAUGACAACACUGGGCUAUGGGGACAUGUACCCUGAGACAUGGUCUGGAAUGCUGGUGGGGGCCCUCUGCGCCUUAGCUGGUGUGCUAACCAUCGCCAUGCCUGUGCCCGUCAUUGUCAACAACUUUGGCAUGUACUACUCCCUGGCCAUGGCCAAACAGAAGCUCCCUAAGAAGAGGAACAAGCACAUCCCCAGAGCGCCACAGCCAGGCAGUCCUAACUACUGCAAGCCAGAUGCCCUGGCCAUGGCAACCGCCUCACCACACAGGCUGAUGGGCAAUGUGCUUGGACCAGGCAUGGUGGGAUCUGGCAGCAUGAUGGGUACUGGGGACUGCCCGCUGGCACAGGAGGAGAUCAUUGAGAUCAACAGGGCAGACUCCAAGCAGAAUGGGGACGCAGCAGCCAACGCGGCAGCCUUGGCCAAUGAAGACUGCCCCACCAUUGACCAGGUCCUUGGGGAUGAGCGAAGCCCAGCAACUGGGGGUCUCGGCUCCACCACCAGCCGUGAGCGCUACCCACACGACCGGGCCUGCUUCCUGCUGAGCACCGGGGAGUUCCAGCGCACGACGGACGGAAACGUUCGGAAAGCCACGGGUUAUGAGAAGUCGCGCAGCCUCAAUAACAUCUCCGGGUUGACAGGAGCCCCAUUGCGCCUCACCCCAAUUACCAACUCCACCUUUGAACCCUUUGAGCCACCAGGACUUAGGAGAUGUCACUCCCCUAUUCCCUCCAUCUUGUAG